GGUGACGUCACGGGUUCAUUCAUCGUGGAGCCGUGUGGGAGAGCCGCGUCCUCCUGACUACUUUCAAGGAGUUCGUGUUUUUGUUUUUGUUUUUGUUUACACCGUUGUCCUCUGGGUCAAAGCGGCGCAGAACAUCGGAGGAGCCGGAGCCGGAUCGCCGACAUGUCGGAGGGAGCGAGCUCCGGGGACGGGAGCGGCACGCCGAGUCGGGUCAUCCGGGUCGGGACACGCAAGAGCCAGUUGGCCCGCAUCCAGACGGACAGCGUGGCGGAGCAGCUGAAGGAGCUCUUCCCCCACAUCGCCCUGGAAAUAGUCGCCAUGUCAACGCUCGGAGACAAAAUCCUGGACACGGCUCUGUCCAAGAUUGGAGAGAAGAGCUUGUUCACCAAAGAGUUGGAGAACGCUCUGGAGAGGAACGAGGUGGACCUGGUGGUGCACUCCCUGAAGGACCUGCCCACCACGCUGCCGGCCGGCUUCACCACGCGUGGUGCUGGUGCGAGAGAGAACCCCCAUGAUGCAGUGGUGCUGCACCCAAAGCACGUGGGCAAAACUCUGGAGACUCUCCCAGAAAACAGUGUGAUCGGCACCAGCUCACUGCGCCGCGCCGCUCAGCUGAAGAAGAGGUUCUCCCACCUGGCGUUCAAAGAUAUCCGAGGGAACCUGAACACGCGUCUGAAGAAGCUGGAUGAGAAGGACGACUUCGCCGCCAUCAUCCUGGCCGCCGCCGGCCUCGGGAGGAUGGGCUGGGGGAACCGGAUCAGUCAGAUCCUUGGACCGGAGGACUGUAUGUACGCCGUGGGACAGGGGGCUCUGGCGGUGGAGGUUCGGUCCAGAGACGUCGACAUCCUGGAGAUGGUGUCUGUCCUCCACGACCCAGAGACGGUGCUGCGCUGCAUAGCAGAGAGAGCCUUCCUCAGACACCUGGAGGGCGGCUGCAGCGUUCCGGUGGCCGUACACACCGAACUAAAGAACUCCCAGCUCUACCUGACGGGGGCGGUCUACAGCCUGGACGGGUCCGACAGCCUGAAGGAAACCAUGCAGACCAGCGUUGCCGCUGACGACAAGAGUCAGAGCUCUGACGCGGUGGACGAGCGGGUUCAGCGCGUCGGCAUCACGGCCGCCAAGAUCCCGGGGGAAGCCCAGGACGGCGCCGAGCGCCUGGGGGUGGACCUGGCCAAGUUACUGCUGAGCAAAGGGGCCAAGGAGAUCCUGACGGUGGCCAGGCAGCUCAACGACGCCACAUAGUCCCAGACCGGCUCCCAGACCGGCUCCCAGACCGGCUCCCAGACCGGCUCCCAGAGGGCCGGCGGUCUCGGUCGCGCGGCGUCCAGUAACAUUUUUUUUAUUCUUUACGUUCAGCUUUCCUGAGGUUGCGGUUUAAAAUCGGCGCUCUGGCUCAAAGCCGCGCUCGUGUGUCUCCGUCUCGUGGACUUGGGUCCUGCCGGUUCUUCUUAGUACCUCAUGGAACCACCUCCAGGUGGAGACCCCGUUACCGUGACAACCGGUGAGAAACACCAAGCGGCUGCUCCACCACCGGCGGAUUUCCUUUUUUUUAAAUUUUUUUUUUUAAAAAUGCAUAUGAGAAAACAGGAUGCAGCUAAAAAAUGUUUAUUUUAAAUAUAAUAUAAGUUUGUUCAGAUUCACACAACAACAACAACAACACAAACCCAGAAGGAGGCAGCAGCUCCAGACGCGACUCGAAGAACUUUUGCAUCCACAAACUAAACUCAACGUCUCUCAUGAUUCUGGCUUCUGUGUCUCUCAGUUUUCUUGUAAUUUCGAGAUAAAGACGACUGUAAUGUUUUAUUAACUUCCACAUCUCCUUCUUGUGUCAUCUUCAUCUUCUGCUACAUCCUUAGAAUCUCAUGAUGAUGUCGUGGUUCCUUUAAGUCUUUUGAGAUAUGGACGUCAUAAUUAAGAAAUGCAUAAGUCUGAAUUAUGUAACUUGGUGGAUUUCUCAUCAUAGUUUUUAUACAAUUAACCAAUAAAUUAGCUGUAACGUCGUUAUGUUAGAUUUUCAAACUUAGUUUUUUAUCAACGUGCCGCCUCGUGAAUGUUCUUUGUGUCUUUAUUCACUGCGUCAGUCUACCGCCACAUUGUGACUUUUAUUUGAAGGGUCUUUAUUGUACAUUAUUAUUAAUUUAAACCUCCUGAGACGAUGCGAGGCAGCGUCGGUCAUGUUUCUACGAAUUCACGUGGAAGAUUUCUGAUUCUUUGUCAAAAUAUUUACAUGUUGACCUUUUUUUCUUUGCUCUGAUGUAAACGUGUCAAAUUAAAACCGCUGAGGUCAAAAACAA